AUGGUCAAGUCGAUAGUUUCGUCGGCUACGGCGCCAGCGACACGCCAUGCUGCGCGUACCGUCUGCCUUGCUUGCGCAACAACUACGCCCAUCUCUAGCAGCAGGUCCUUCUCGAGUUGGAAACGCCUGCCUCCCAACUACCCAGGCCAUGUACCUCUUACGCGUCUCGAGCAAGCUGCCAUGGCAAUUGGCUCAAGCGCUAUGGCUCUAGUCAACCCGUAUCGGGCUGACCUCAUCGCGACGGUUGGAGAAUCGACAGCCACUCCAUAUUUCAUUUAUCGACUACGAGAUGCCAUGCUUGCCGACCCGACCGGACGCCGCAUCCUCCGCGAUCGCCCGCGUAUAUCGUCCAAGACACUAUCCAUGGAGAAGUUAAGAGCUUUACCUGAAAAUACUGUUGGAAAAUGCUACGUCGACUGGCUGGAUCGAGAAGGCGUCACGCCAGACACACGCGACCAGGUCCGAUACAUUGACGAUGAAGAAUGCGCCUACGUGAUGCAACGGUACCGAGAGUGCCAUGACUUUUCCCAUGCACUUACCGGACUCCCAGUCUUCCGCGAGGGCGAGGUGGCUCUCAAAGCAUUUGAGUUCUCAAAUACACUGCUGCCAAUGACUGGACUAAGCAUGUUUGCUGCAGCUACUCUCAAGCCAAAGCAACGCUCCCGCUUCUGGAACAUAUAUCUGCCGUGGGCUGUCAGAAACGGCUCCAGAUGCAAGGAUGUAAUCAAUGUAUACUGGGAAGAAGAGCUUGAGAAGGAUGUUUCUGUUCUACGCAGCGAACUGGGUAUUGAGCAGCCCCCAGACUUGCGAGACAUUCGCAAACAGGAAAAAGAACAAAGAAGGAGGGCAAAGGAGGCUGCAGAGGCCCACAAGAAUUCUUAA